CUUGAGUUGGAUUAGAGAGAGAGAGAGAGAGAUGGGUUUUGGGGGAGAGAUUGUGUUAGCGGUUAUGGUGGUUUUGUGCUUGAGUUCUCAGCUGGAGGCUCAGCUUCAAGUGGGGUUUUAUGACACCACAUGUCCACAGGCUGAGAUUAUUGUGAAAACUCAGGUCACCCAGGCACUUGCUAGUAAUAUCGGUCUGGCUGCUGGACUCGUGAGAAUGCACUUCCACGACUGCUUCGUUAGAGGCUGCGAUGGGUCCGUUCUCAUAGACUCAACUUCAACAAACACUGCAGAGAAGGAUUCUUCGAUCAACAAAAGCCUCCGAGGUUUUGAAGUCAUUUACAGUGCUAAGGCCCAAUUGGAAGCUACGUGCGAAGGAGUGGUUUCAUGUGCCGAUAUACUUGCGUUUGCAGCAAGGGAUAGCAUUGCACUGACUGGAGGGCUCUCAUAUCAGGUCCCAGCUGGAAGAAGAGAUGGAACAGUCUCAUUGGCGUCCGAGACAUUCACUAAUUUGCCAGGACCAAACUUUAACGUUGAUCAGGUCACCCAGAGCUUUGAAGUUAAAGGCCUCACGCAGGAUCAAAUGGUCACUCUCUCUGGGGCACACACUAUUGGUCGGUCCCACUGCAGCUCCUUCAGCAAUAGACUCUAUGACUUCAGCACGAACACGAAACAAGAUCCAAGCUUGGAUGCAACUUAUGCUGCCCAACUGAAGCAGCAAUGCCCCCAGGGGAGCACCGACCCAAACUUGGUGGUCCCAAUGGACCCUCCCACCCCAAACAUUGUGGAUACCAGCUACUACAAUGACAUCCUAGGGAAUCGAGGCUUGUUCACAUCAGACCAAACCCUCCUGUCGGAAGCCGCAACUGCGAGCCUUGUGAGGCAGAAUGCCGCCAAUUCAUUGCUGUGGCAGAACAAGUUUGCAGCGGCCAUGGUGGCAAUGGGUCAGAUUGGUGUCCUCACCGGAAACAAUGGAGAAAUACGUCUUAAUUGCAGGGUUAUCAACUAAGGAGUGCUGGGUUCCCUUUUAUCGCCCGCAACAGAGUGGAGGUUUAAUUCUGUUGGCUUCAUAAUAUGAAUCCAUGUGCAUGGAUCAAUCCAAUGCAAACAUAAGAUAUGUGUGGUCUUAUAUAUGACGUACCAAUGUUUUGUAUCAAAAAUAAAGAUGCAAUGGAGGUGCUAUAAAAUGAUUAGAAAAGGAAUAA